AUGGCCAUCACACUGCCUAGGUCCAAAACGGACCAGGAGGGCAAAGGGCAGACCAUCCGGAUCGCGCGCGUGGGGGGCGUGGCCUGCCCAGUGGGCUUGACAGAGAGGCUGCUGGCGCUUGGUAACUAUGUCCGUGUCCCCAGUUCCCCCGUGGAGGACGUGGGUCCGCUGCUGCGCAGGGUUAAGGCGACACAGCAAGGCCACCAGCUGCAGCAGAGGACCGGCUCUGUUCAGUCACCGAUCCCCAGCCUCAGCUAUACCUCCUUCCGGGAGAAGCUCGCUGCCAUGUGCAGCGCCGUGGGCAUCAAGCGCGGCAUCAUGCCACACUCCAUGCGCAUCGGGGGAAACAGUGCUGCAGCAGCCAGAGGGGUAUCUGAAGAAGCCCGCAAGGCCCACGGUCGCUGGAAGACGGACGCAAUGGUACAGCUAUAUACCCGGCUGGAAGACGAUGCCGCACUGGAAACCACGCGCAACCUGGGCCUCACCUGAGUCAGAGGGCCCCUCCUGCUAUCUUUUCUGUCUGCAGUAGUGUAAGGCCCUUGGCAGCCCCGGUUUCGCCUCGCCCUGUCCUAUCCGGCACCCCGAAUGCAACCGUACAGCAAGCCAUGAAGGCUAUAGGACAUAAU